AUGCCUAACCCUCAACCUCACCGUAGACAAUGUCCAGCCCCCGGCGCUCAGCCAGCCAUCUUCUUUCUGCACGGCUUCGGCGCCUGCAAAGAGGAUCUGCAUGAUAUCCUGCGUCUUCCCGCAUUCGCAGACCACACAUUCCUCGCCUACGACGCCCCAGGAUGCGGCGAAUCUUCAUCGGAUCUCUCCAAAACCACCAUCACCACUGCGCAGGCCGUGCUGGUGCACUAG